GCCAUAUUUGUGCGACGGGAGCUGAACACAUGUGCAUGUGUGUGGAGAGGCUGCGCAGAUGAAUCCGCAGCUUUAACUCAUUUAUUACUGUUAUUAUACAGGAUUAUUAUUAAUAUUCACAGCGAGGCUGGAGGAGGGGCUGUGCUGGCAUGGCUGGCAACACUCAACUUAAAUUUAAAACCAAUUAUGCUGUCUCCAGCAAAAUUGAGCCCUUCUACAAGGGAGGAAAAGUACAGAUAAGUCAUGAUGAAAAGAUCAUCUUGUGCUCCUGUGGGCCACGACUCAACAUUUUGGAGAUUGCUACAGGCAAAAUCAUUCACAGCAUUGAGCAGGAUGACCAAGAAGAUAUCACGUCCUUCUCCCUUAGUCCUGAUGAUGAGAUGCUGGUGACGGCCAGCAGGGCCCUGCUAUUAAAGCAGUGGGACUGGAGACAGGAGAAAUGCACUCGCUCCUGGAGGGCCAUUCAUAAUGUCCCUGUGGCCAGCAUGACCUUCGAUUGCACCUCCACUCUGCUAGCAACAGGGGGUUGUGAUGGAACAAUAAAGCUGUGGGAUGUAGUGAAACAGUACUGCACACACAAUCUGAAAGGAUCAUCCGGUGUUGUCCAUUUAGUUGAGUUCCAUCCAGACAUCAACCUGCUACAGCUUUUCUCCUCCUCGAUGGACUGCAGCAUACGCAUCUGGGACCUGCGCACCAGCAAAUGCAUCUGUGUACUGGAGAGCCACUACAGCGCUGUCACCUCCCUUGCGUUUUCACCUGAUGGCCACACACUAAUCAGCUCUGGACGAGAUAAAAUCUGCUCAGUGUGGGACCUGAAAGAGCGGAAAGUGAAGAGGACUGUUCCUGUCUAUGAGGCUGUGGAGGGGGUUGUCAUUCUCCCUGAAAAUGAGGAUUUCUCUGAGCUGGGGGUGAAAAGUAAAGACCUGCACUUUGUCACUGCUGGAAGUAAAGGUGUUCUGCGGGUGUGGGAGUCCAGCUCAGCGCGCUGUGUGUUCACACAAACACUACCCAGUGCUCCCGUGUCCAACCCAGAGCAGGCUGAUGGAGACCCCCUCAGUUUGGUGUACUGCCUGCCCAUGCCCCUUUCCAAACGCCUGGCCACUGUGACUGCUGAGCACAACAUCCUGCUCUACCAGCUGCCAUCUCUGAGUGUGCAGCAGCAGUUUGUGGGCUACAAUGAUGAUAUCCUGGAUGUGAGGUUCCUGGGGAAGGAUGACUCUCAUAUUGUUGUGGCCACAAACAGCUCCCAACUCAAAGUGUUUGAACUGGCAACCAGCAGCUGCCAGAUUCUCUACGGACACACAGACACUGUCUUGUGCCUUGACGUGUUCAGAAAGCGCUCCAUGUUUGCAAGCUGUGCGAAGGAUAAAAGUGUCCGGGUUUGGAAGAUGGACCCCGAAUCUGGGCGUGUGCACUGUGUGGCUCAGGGCCAUGGACAUUCCAAUGCUGUGGGCUCCAUUUCCUGUUCAAGGUUAAAAAAGGCCUUCCUGGUUUCAGGCAGUCAAGACUGCACUGUUAAAGUAUGGGAUCUUCCAGAUACUCUUCCUGCUGCCGGCGAAGAACCAGCUCAGCUCGAGGCACGAGUGACUGAGAAAGCACACGAUAAGGAUGUGAACAGUGUGGCCAUCUCGCCCAACGAUAAGCUCUUCGCGUCCGGAUCUCAGGACCGCGCCGCUAAGCUGUGGUCCCUGACAGACAUGAGCCUGCUCGGGGUCUUCCGUGGUCACCGCCGAGGAAUCUGGUGUGUCCAGUUCUCCCCUGUGGACCAAGUCCUUGCCACUGCCUCUGCUGAUGGCUCCAUCAAACUGUGGGGUCUACACGACUUCAGCUGCCUCAAGACUUUCGAGGGGCACGAUGCAUCCGUGCUGAAGAUCAUUUUUGUCAGCCGAGGAACACAGCUCGUUUCUGGUGGGUCUGAUGGCCUUGUAAAGCUGUGGACUAUUAAAACCAAUGAGUGCAUAAAAACGUUUGAUGCACACCAGGAUAAAGUGUGGGCUCUGCAUGGCAGCGGUAAGGAUGACCUGAUGGUAACUGGAUCUGCUGAUUCCAACAUCACAGUCUGGAAGGAUGUCACAGAGGAAGAGCUAGCAGAGGAGCAGGCUAAGCAGGAGAAUCAGAUCCUAAAGCAGCAGGAGCUCUCCAAUCUGCUCCAUGAGAAGAAAUACCUGAAGGCUCUGGGCAUUGCCAUCUCUCUGGACCAACCUCACACUGUUCUCAGAGUCAUCAAAGAAAUCCGUCAGGAUGAAAAGGGUCCACAGCUGCUGGAGGAGACCCUACUGAAGCUCCGGCGGGACCAGAAAGAGUCUCUGCUGCGAUACUGUGCAGUGUGGAACACGAAUGCACGGAGCUGUCUGGACGCCCAAGCCGUACUUCAGGUGCUGCUGACCCACCUGAGCCCAGCUGAGCUGCUGCAGUUCCAGGGAGCACGCACACACCUGGAGGGCCUCAUCCCUUACACCGGGAGACACAUGCAGAGGAUUGGCCGUCUGCUCCAGUCCUCCAUGUUCCUGGAUUACAUGUGGCAGAAAAUGCGAGUGACAGGAGGCAAAGACAGUGGGUACCUACAAGACGAAGAGAUGGACACCAGCCCUCAGGGCAUAUUCAUAGUGGACAAGCAGCCUAGCCUGGAGAAAACAGCUUCAGCUGCCCAACAGCUAAAUGAAGAAGAAGAGGACGACAGGUUCCAGGCCAAUGAGGGACCAGAAGACAGCGAUGAUGAAGUGCCUGAAGAAGCGGACAGCAUCAGCGCCUCAAAAAGUGCCAAUAGCAGACCGGUCAGGAACGAAACCAGAGCGAAUGGGGUCAGAAAUGGUGGCAACGUGUCCAGUGAAGAGAGCUCAGAUGAGGAAAAUGUAAUUGAAAUGUCUAAUAAAUUCUCUACCACCCAGCUGCUGACAGAGGCGAGGUGAUUGGCUUGUGGAAGGGGCUUUUGGGUUACAGUGCUGUAAACGGAAAGAACACCAGGAACAAGGAACCUCUUACUGCUGCACAGCAGAACAGCAAAGCAUCAGUUCAUCAUUAAUCUAAAGAUAGUUGCUGACUGGUAACCUUGACUUAGUGCAGGGAGGUGGACAUUAUUUGUACCUGUAUAAAAAAAAGUCCUUUGUUUCCUACAUGUUCUGAUAUAAAAAUAUUAAUAUGGGAUGGAUUUUAAAUAAAAAUCUACUUUUUAAAGUUGAAAA